CUGCAGCUCCUUCCUCGUCCCAGCUGUCACGUGUUAGCAGGACUUUUGACCUUUCCCAAAUAUAAACUUCCCUGGCUGAGGGACAACCUGAAGAGGGAGGAGUCUGACACGGUGAGUUCAACCUGGGACCGACUGAAGGACAAACAAGCAGAAAAACAACAGUUCUGAGAAGCAAAAAAGAGGAUAGCGAAGCUUACCGCGCGCCUGAAAAAAUGUCUUCAGCUGCUUUAGCUGCUCGUCGGGUUCUCGCAGCUGCGUCACAAUCAAGCCACGAGGGAGCAGCCAGGACCUGGAAGAUCCUGACAUUCGUCCUGGCCUUGCCCGGUGUGGCCGUCUGCAUGGCCAACGCCUACAUGAAGAUGCAGGCUCACGGACACGAACAACCAGAGUUUGUGCCGUAUCAACACCUGAGGAUCCGCACCAAGAAAUUUCCCUGGGGAGAUGGAAACCACACUCUGUUCCACAACCCUCAUGCCAACGCUCUUCCUGACGGCUACGAGAGCUCCCAUCACUGAGUCGGCGUCUGUCAGCUGAGUGUCUGUGGUCGAUCUGCUCUCAUUAUACUGACCAAAGAAGAAGCAGGACCUGGAAUAAACCUACUACCUGUUGUAUCUCGA